AUGCCUCUUAGGGAUGAAGUCCAAGAUGACGAAUUUGCAUGCAUCUUAACACGGAUAGCUGACGACCUCAUUGAUGAACGUCAGAUCGAAAGCCUUGGACGUCAUCUAAGAAUCCAACAAGGUGACAUACAAAGAGCUCUUAAGAACAACGUGAGGUUCAACAAUGUUACUAGUGAUGGAACUCGAAAUAUGCUGAAACAUUGGAGGAAAGGCGUUUCAAGGACCGAUGAAAGAGUCGUGUUGAGGAAGGCAAUGCUGGCGGCAAACUUGAUCGAACUUACAGAUCGGUAUCUCAGUGAAUUAGCUUUAACACAAGGUCGAUCCGGUUCUGAUGUCCAAGUACUUAACGUAUCACCAGAAUGCAGUACCAUGGACCUACGAGGUAGUACAAAGGACUUGGAGACAGCCAACGAACCCGCUGAAGGGGUGCAUCCUGCAGACCUGACCAAUCCACCAACAGACAAUGACGGCGACACCACACCUGAUAAGGAUGUGUUACGGAGUACUGAGUGUAUUGGUGCAGAGAAAAUCAACGAGGGAUCGCUUACCUACAACCAAGCCCAUGUGGACAGUACUAUCGUCCAGAGAACUGAUAUCUCUCAACUUGUUUUUAUUGAUCCAACUUGGGAGAAGAUGUUGAUUGUUUUCAUGUUAAGUGUGUUAAUGGAUGUUCAAAAGAAAACACUAUAGGCCUAAUGUACAAGUAACAAAGCUAGGUCAAUCUCCCCACUAGAGAGUUAGGUGCAGUGGCCUGAGAAAUAUUUUAUAUAUACAUUUAAAAAAAAGAUUUCCACUCCCGAACUCUCGAAUAAAGGUGUUUAUGGUCAAGAAAAAAUGUCACGCGAAAAACAAUUUCCAAAGAUUUCACUACACAAUUAAAGUGCUUUUGAUCAUAAAAGUAAUAAUUAUACUUGCCUGUACAGUGCUGAACACUAACUUUUUCAGAAGUCUUUAAGCGCUCUACAGUAAUGCAGCUUAAUUACCCUCUUUUGCUUUAAGCAGAUCAGCCGUUUCACGCACUGCGUUCCAAGGAAUAAAUUCCUGCCAGGUACCCACUCACAUCACCUGGGUUCAGUGCAGCAUGUUGGUAAAUUUCUAGCUGAAGGAAAACACGCCAUGGCUUGGAAUCGAACCCACGUCCCUCAGAUCGAAAGACGAGAGUCAUAACCACUAGACUACGACGCCCCGCACUAAAUAUUCUGCAGGCACUGACCCUGGGUUUUUGCAAUUCGCAUAGUGCAGAAUGGUAGUUUCUGAAGUAGUGAGACUAGAUUCACCAUGUACUGUUGUUGACUCUACCCGUGGAUAGGCCAAUGCUCUACUAAGGACCGGGAGUUUGGCAUCUAGUCUUCACUCUAGACAUGGCAUAAUUUGUUAAAGUGUCAAAUAUGCGUCUGUGCUUGCAGACUACCCCCUAAACGAGACGCAACUCAUGAACAAAUUUGGGGAUGCUUCAGCAUCCCGCUCCUGUUGCCACAUGGCCAUGAUUAGGUGUUGGUGUUGUGGUAACACUAUACCGUAAACAUUGCUAAGGUUGGUGUUGAGAAAGACCUCGGAAAAUUUGAUCAUUUCCGGUAGAUCAUGUCCAGGUGUUGAGAACUGGUGUUGACUAACAUCCGUUGAACCAUACAUGACAAGCUGGUGUCAACGAUAAUGUUUUAAUUUCUAAUGAAAUAUAUAAUAUUGAUUUUCAUUAAGUCGCUUGAGCUAAAUUUGCACUAAGAAUCGAGAUUUCAAUUUCUUAAUUGAGUCGACUGGAAAUCGAGUCAUUGUCGUCAACAUCGUGGCUGCUCAUUCAGACAUUAAAGUAAAAUUACACUAUUUAUUUGCAGAUAAUUUUAUUCAUGUAUAAUUUGAUUUAUUAUGAAGAUACUGGUUUUCAGUAUUCUUUUAGAACUGUAUUAUUGACACAAUUCUUGUGUGGCGUGCAAUCUAUCAACUGAAAUAAGGAAUAAAUAUUUCAAAAUUUUCUAGUGAUGUAGUACUAAGCACAUUGUCAAUCUUUGUAUCUUAAAAGCGGUGAGUGGGAUAAUGCAAUCAUCAACCGCGGGAAACGUACGGUUAUUAAUUUGCAGAUUUUUGUAUUCAUGUAUAAUUUGAUGUAAUAUGAAGAUAAAGUAGUUGUCAGUAUUCUUUUUGAACAGUAUUUUUGACAAGCUGUUGUUUUAGUGUUGAUUUUUCUUUUGUGAUGUGCAGACUAUCAACUG